CCUGGGAUCGUCCGUCGAUGCACGCGCGUCACCUCAUCCGAUGAAGUCUUUUGGCCUUUUCGUAUGCCUCUACCUACUGUCGGUUUCUGGUUCUUUACACAACAAUGACCUCGGAGAAAGGGUUACCAUCAAGUACGAGAUUGUGGAUACCUACCUAUGUUCGUUCGUCGUUACAAUCGGCAAGGACUCGAAUGGAUAUCGAGACAUUACGGCGACUCACAGAUCAAUGCAAGCCUCGACGCCGAGCAGGAAGGACCCUUUGCUCCCCCCGUUCAUCCAAAUAACUCUCGUCUCUCCAUGCAGUAUGAAAAUUUUCACAUCCCAGUCCGCGUCCCAGUGAACCGGAAAUUCCUAUUCGCCUUCAGGAUAUCAUCUGCAGGCGGGCUAAGGAUUGACUGUGCAUCAAUCGGAAAACUAUCUAUCAAAAGCAAUGUUUG